CAAUCGCAUCAACAGUUGAUUUUAGAGGUGCGCAUGUUUUUUUUUCAACUCUACGUAUCCAUGACUCCAGGGUUGCAAACACAACAAGCAUUCAAGUUUGGCUGGGAGCAGCAUACCUCGACAAUUUAUUCGAUCUAUACGUUUUACUCAGGCAGGAGUGACAACAUAUACGCAACGCAUUGAUUCAACAAAAACAGUAAACGCCUUAUUGGUGGUCAGCAAAGUUUUGCUCGGAUUGCCAAUGCGACGAGAAUUCUUUUCUUAAAAUUUAGCAUUGAAAAACGGCACCCAAAAAUGGACAUCUCGAUAAAGCCGGUUUUUUCCUUCUCGCUAAACUACAAAGUAUUCGAGAAGUUGGUCACUUGUGGCAAGUACGAUGGCAUACAUUCCUGCCUGACGGUAGUUACUAAUGCGGAUAAGAUUCUGAUCCACACGCCCCACAAGCGAUAUGGGCUGCAAAACUCGAAGCUAUCAGUGUCGGAAAUCAAAAACGACAUCGCCAUGUUGAACAUGAAUUUUCCUAUUCGGGCGAUCAUAGCGGGAAAACUGAAGAAAGACGACGAUCGUGAUGUACUUGUUAUUGGCAGUUCGACGCAUUUUCUAGCUUACCAUGUCGACGAGAACUAUAACCUGUUUCAACGAGACUUCCACGAGGGCGUGCGGACAAUGCUGAUAGGAACGUUUGGCAACUUUGCGGGGCAGACGUUGAUCGUGGGUGGAAAUGCUGUUGUUAAAGGAUUCGAUUUCGAAGGCAACGAAAUUCUCUGGUUGAUAACGGCCGGGGGAGUUAAUGCGCUGCUGCUUAUGGAUGUAGAUAAAGAUGGCCAAAACGAGCUGAUCGUCGGUACCGAUGAUGGUUGCAUAAAAAUUUUCAAAAUGACCACGCUGCUGCACGAGUUUACCGAGGGUAACGAAAUCCAGAACCUGCUGCUGAUAGGCGUCAACCAGUUUAUGUUCAGCGUCAAGAAUGGAACCAUCGGAGUUUUCGACGAGAGUGUCCGUAUGUGGCGGAUCAAGUCCAAAACCAGGGUCACCGCGAUGGCCAUGUAUGACAUUUUGGGCUGCGAAACGAAACAGAUCAUCGUCGGGUGGAAGAGCGGCAAAAUCGACGUUCGCGAUUCCCGGAAUGGCGAUGUGCUGUUCAAAAUGAAGCUGAAUGAUUUUGUGUGUGGGAUCGCGUGUAACGAUUACCGGGGCAUCGGGGCGCUCGAUUUGGUGAUCGUAACAGCAGAUGGCGAAAUUCGAGGAUAUACAACGCCUAGUGUGAAUCUGAUGAAUUUGCAUAAUUUGGCGGACGAAGAAAUGAACGGUCUCUUGGCACAGAAACAGAAACUUUUACUGGAGCUGAAACAUUAUGAAAAUAAUAUUAAAUUCAACAAAGAACUGCUGUCCAGUAACGAUUCCCAGCUGGUCCAAAGUGUUCCGGAUAAUGUGGGAGUGAUCCCUUCGAACACACGGCUACAGAUAGGAAUUUCAACCAGCUAUGAUAGCUCAGAUAUGAAUAUUGACAUCACGGUUUCCACCAAUAACUCGACAACCAUAAGAGCAGUGCUCAUCUUUGCCGAUCAGCUUUUCAAGGAGGAAACAUUGAUAGCUCAUCUGACUAAGGAUGUGUCCAGGAUACUGAUCCCGUUGAAAACUUUGAAAGACAACGCCCAGGACAUUCACAUCAAAGCGUUUGUGGGCUAUCCAACUAGUGUUCAGUUUCAUGUUUUCGAGCUUACCAGACAGUUGCCGAAAUUCGCAAUGUACACGAUACCGCGUAAUCUCACGGGAUCGCCCAAAAGCAUAUCCUACAUAAACAACCUCGUCGACGAAAAGGAAACAUUUGGCAACAGCUAUGUCGAUUUCAGGAUCUCUGAGCGUCUGAAGCGCAUCUGUAUUUGGAUCAAUCAGAACUUCCUGCUACCGUCGGACAUCGAAUACAUGACAUCAUCGGACUCUGACGCAACGGAGUUGAAGUUGAACUUAAUCAGUCUGCGCACCGGCAAAAACGUGUGCCUACACUUCAACAACGAUGGCAAAACUCGUUUCUACACCGAAGACAUUGGGCUGGCCGGUGACCUCAUUCAGUCGCUGGUGCAGUUUCUGAAUGUGGAAAAUAUGAAUUCCACUGCAUGUUUCCCAAUGGUGACCGAUGAAAUUAAAGAGCUGUUCAGCAAACUGCAGGGCCUGCAAGAAACGGAGAAGCAAAUCAAUUCCGAGAUUAUAGAUAAUGUCAAUCAAAUCAAGAGUCAUCUCAUUCGAGCCGAAGACGCCCGCUACUACAAUGGCGACGACGUCAUCAAAUACCACAACGAGAUGAUGAACACCAACGAAGAUCUGGUGAAGAACUACAAAAUACGGCUGGUCAACACCGGCGAGGUCCAGCUGGCACUCAAGCGUAUCCACAACAUACUCUACAGUGCAUCGAAGCUGCGAGUCGGCACGUUCGCCGCUUCCGUGAUCAGCAAGUUCAAAGAUGCACUGAAAUCGAACAAUAUUGAAGCUGUGCUGAAAAUCAUUGAGCUCGGCGAGAUGUAGAUGUAUGUACCUAAAUAUGUAGGUAUGGAGAAUAAAUGAAAGGUUGAUCGGCCCUGGGCGCCCCCAAAUAUGAAGUUCCCUCCCCGUGUAGCUAGUAUGUCUGCUGCAGGCUAGCCGGAGCUGAUUCAUUCCAUGUGCGUAGGUGACGAAUCGACGACGGGGUCUGUACAAAAAACGCCAUCAAGGGGAACCGGAAAGCUGUUUACUAGUGGAUAAUGUGAUCUUGUUUUAUGA